AUAAGGGGCUAAGAGGACGAGGCAGCUGAGCUUCUACGCAGUAUAGCUGCACUGCCCAGAGGCAGCCGUGUGAAGCAAGAUGGACAUUGCAAUCCAGCAGCCUUGGUUCCGCCGCUCCUUCCUCUCUUCCUUCUUCCCCAGCCGAAUCUUCGACCAACACUUUGGCGAACACCUCUCGGAGAACGAGCUGCUCCCUCCCUACCCCUCCUUGUACUAUUCCCGGCCCUGGCUCCUGCGCUUCCUGAAUUGGGUGGACACCGGGCAUUCUGAGAUGCGCAUGGACAGGGAACGCUUUGUGAUUAAUCUGGAUGUCAAGCACUUUUCCCCAGAGGAGUUGACAGUCAAGGUCAACGGGGAGUUCAUCGAAGUCCACGGAAAGCACGAGGACCGUCAGGAUGACCACGGCUUUGUGUCGCGGGAGUUUGUUAGGAAGUACAAGAUACCAGCAGGGGUAGUCCCAAGCGUCAUCACUUCUUCUCUGUCUUCUGAUGGCGUGCUGACCAUCAUGGCCCCCCGCAAGUUGGAGGACAUCCCUGAGCGCACCAUCCCCAUCACUCGCGAAGAUAAGCCUGCAGUGUCUGCACUGCAGAAGAAGUAGAGUGGCUGACAUUGCCCUGUCCAUAAGGCUGACCCCCAGCACCCUUCCAUGACCCCUUGACCCUUCUCGCCGCCGCUCCCCAGUGCCGCAGCCUCAGUGUGGGGUGACCUGCCGUUGAUGACAGAGACGCACAGACACGUUGUUGCUUCCUGAAUACACCUCCUCUGCGCACUACCAAGUGACUAGAGUGUCCAGACUUUCAGAUUUGGUCUAUUCUCGUUGUAGACAUCAUGACAUGUAGUAUGUGGUGGGGAUGGAGGGGUAGGGGUGUGAUAUUAUCAGUCCAAAGAAUUUAAAAACUGAAAUCAGAAUUUAUUUGUAAGUGUUCCAAAUCAAAAGCCUAAUGGAUCCCUCAAACAAAAUCAGCAAGAACUGAGGGAAACGGAAGUGCAGGCCUGUUAAGUGAGUACAUAAUUUUGUCCUUUCAGCAUCAAGAAGUGCUUACAGCAUUUGCGUUAAUGAGGGGUCAGGAAGCCUGAUAUCCACACACCUCAAUGUGAUAUCAAUUAUUGUGGCAAGAGGUUGACUUGGAAGUGUUCACCUACUGGAUACCCAACUCUUCCCUCUGCUGGAAUACCUUUAAUGCUGCUCAUGGUCUCAUCUAAAUGAAAUAAUGCUCAUGCCAGGUCUAUUCCCUGUUUGAUCUGCAGUAAAAGGUGAUAACUCAACCACAAGAAUGGCCUGUUGAUGUGAAAAACAGUAAUCAUGUAUGUAAAGCUAUGAGGAGCUGGAUGAAGCAACACCUGAUGUACACUCAGAUUCAAGGGAGGGAGUUUUAAUGCAUGAACCAAGGAAGGCCUGUGUUCACAAACCACUGGAAAUGACAAGAUGUGUAACAGAGAAGCUUGAGAAGGUAGGAAGAGGCACCUGUAAAUGUUCGGUGUUGCACCACCAACAGGUAACCAUUUCCUGCAAAGCUGCUUCAUUUAGAGUCUGAUUUAUUAUGUCAGGCCCUUGAGUUAAUAACCAACCAGCUACCCUCCAGCAAACAGCCGUGCAACACAAGAGCCUGGUUUUAAAAACACACGUCUUAUUAUCGAAGGUCAGUCCUGAAUGUUGAUCAGUUACUCUUCAAUAUAUUGAAGAGCACACGGAGGAGUGUAAACUUGCAUAUAGUUUUAACUGAGCGUGACGUCUGUGUGGCAUUCCACACAUCGGUGGGUUCUCUUGGUACUUCCAGGUGAUAAAGAUGGGUGUAAAGCUCUCUCUUUUUUUGAUGGGGAGAAAUUUGUUAAGGUGUAGGACCAAUACGUUGUAUUGAGGAACGGGAAAAGGAAAAGAGAUGGAACAGGGGAGUAUUCUCUUCGUCUGGUGUGUUGCCAAGCAUGGGAUUUUUAAAUGUUAUGGAUUUGGUUGCUGCUGGCAGGCUGUCUGGAAGAAACUGGUGAAAUGGUGAGUCGAGAUGGAGAAAUCCGUUUUAUGUGAAGCCUAAUUUUGAUCAUAACUGUUUAUAGAAAGAAAAAAACAGGUCUUUUACACAGACAAAUAAGAUAAGCUGAUGUGUUGCACAGCACUCUCACCUUGAGAUGACAAAUCCUCUGCAUUCAACCCCUUUUAAGCCACUAGUAUAUACAGGCUAUGUAUAUGUAUAUGUAAGACACAUAGCCAGUGUGCAUUUGCAUAUACCAUAUUCUGGACUAGUGUACUAUGUUCAAUCCCUGGGCCAUUUCACUCCAUUUGUCAGCUGCCAAUCCAGUUCUUUCAUAAGCAGUUGGCACCUGCCCACAGUCUGUUUGCAGGGAGGAAAGUGAGCCAGAGAUUUGAACUCUGUUUAUCGUUGGUAGUUAAUGCAGGGAGGUUGUUAUAUUUAGCCUAAAGGGCACACAGUGACCCCUGAACUCUGACCCCUCCCUCUUCUCCUUCACCAAGUCAGAUGAAUGCCAAACCCUGCACCUCACAUCUAUGUGCCACAAGCAUUCCAGAGAGCCUGGGCCAGGGGACCGGUGUGAGUGGUGGUCAAAGAAAGCCACUGUGUUGAGCUCCUGCUUCUUACCAUUUGUGUACCGUUACCAUUGCUUUAUAACCAUACAUUCCUCACAAUUACUAGCAGGACAUGUUGUAUUAACAUAAUAGUGUGACUAAUAUGUGAAAAUAAUUAUCAUAAUAAUAAAAAAAACUGAU